UGAAUAUGGGCAGGGAUGGAGUGAGAUCUCCAAGUUUGCGGCUGCAUUCCGUCUUUGAUGCCAUCAACUAGCUGCAGAAUGACCCGCCUUUGAUAUAUGUAGCGCUGUAUAAGGACCGUAGCCAGCUUGCUGACGACGGGAGCGACAUGUGCGAUGGUUGCACAUUUGGUGAGCAGACCGACCUGUCAAUCAAACACGUCUGAUAUUGCUUUAGCUACGGAUACUUGCAGACUUCGGACGAAGUAUCCUGAACGAUUUCGAACUGCAGCAUCACAGGCGACGUAUGAAACAAGUGUGGAUGGUAUUCUGAAGCGUGCAUACCAUGGUUGUUGUUCAACGAAACAAUUAUUUUACUCUCCUACUUCCAUUAAAUGCAUCGAUGGAACAACUAGCUCUGUGGCUGUAUUUGCAGGUUACAAACAAUAUUUUCAAUAUGACAGUUGCAACACGACAGAGUCAUGUACAGAUACUGAAUGUAAAUGUGACGACACCUUGGCCACAGCUGUUUAUGAUAACGGGGAUAAAGAAGAAGGCUGUGAUAAAAGAUAUGGAAUAUGUGCUUUUAAGACGAAGGGUUGUUGUAAAUGUGUAAACAAAUAAGCAGAAGAAACAUGAGCAGAAGAAGACGUAUAACACUACACUGCUGUAAGGUUCACUGUUCGCAAACUGUUGAAUGCGUAACAGAUGCCUUGAAAUACUAAUUAUGUGACGCAUCAUUCAUACAAACUAUGAUGUAAGGGAAACAUGGGCAAAUUCGUAGUUGCAGUCGUCCUGUCAUUCAGAUAUAUUUACAUUUGCAUGGCAUUGUCACUAUAUAGCCUCUUUGAAAGCUGUGUCGUUGAUGGGACUUUAAUU